UUAGGACCUUUUGAUAUGUUUGGCUAGAAUAGUUCUGAAUUCUGAUAAACUGCACCAUAAAGAAAAUGAAACCUCUAUAUAUAAAUAUCAGCUGUCGUGCUUGAUUAUUCGAAUCGCUAAUAAAUACGCUAUAAUUUUCACGGCAUAUUGAAUGGAAAUGAUUGGUUUAUUUCUCCACACAAAAAUGUGCUACACGCAUUUUCGAAUAACGCAUUUGGUUUUUGGUGUAAUAAUAUUGGCGACAAUCAUAUUCUAUUCGACACUCAACUCUAGGCAAUUUGAUAUUGAAACUAAACGAUAUCACGAGUCGCGACAUAAUGACACGGAAAAAUUUUUAGUACCACUACUCGCAAACGUUACACACAGUAGGAAAAACGUACAGAGCAAAAUAAUUAGACGGAAGAAUUGCGGUUUUUUCACAUAUCUAGCAAAUGGAUGUGGUUUACCUAACAAUAUCAGUAAUGUUUUUCAAAGGUUGGGAGAAGCCAGUUUAUUGACGAAUGAAUCAACAAUCAAGAUUGAAGCCAAUAGUAAUUAUAUACAAAAGAUAAUGAAGUUAUCCGAAUCCCAAGAGAAUCUUUCCAAAAAGCGAAAAAAAAUACCGCGUAAUCAUUCCACACCCAAUGAAACUGAUAUUCCCAAAAUCGUUGAAAGUACAGUGGAGAGAGUAGUAAAGACUAAAGAUAUUUAUGAAAAAGGACAUGUGAAUGACAUCGGCACCAUUACGAAUAUAUGUCCAGAUAAGGGGUCUGAUGUUAAUUUGUUGAUUCUGGUUACUUCAGCGCCUACCCAUAGAGAACAGCGUUUAUCUAUCAGACAAUCCUGGGGGCACUAUGGUAUACGCCGAGAUAUAUCCAUUGGAUUUGUGUUAGGCCGCACGCAAGAUCAACGUAUUGCAGAUCAGUUAUCGGCAGAGAACUACAUGUAUAGCGAUUUGAUAAGAGGCAAUUUCGUAGACAGCUAUAGCAACCUUACGUUGAAGUCAAUUUCUCUAUUGGAGUGGACGAGUAUAAACUGUCCGAAUGCAACAUACCUAUUGAAAACAGAUGAUGACAUGUUCAUAAACGUACCAAAGUUAUUGCAGUUUAUAGAAACUCACCUAACCUAUAGGCGCUCUAUUUUCGGACGUUUGGCAAAAAAAUGGAAACCAAUCCGAAAUAAAAAGUCUAAAUACUACGUCAGUCCAGAACAGUAUUUUCCGCCUGUAUUUCCUCCAUUCACAACUGCUGCAGGCAUAAUACUCGGACCGGAAUCAAAGGACGCUUUUGUCUUCUCGAUAGCCGAACGAACCAUUUCAUCGUCGAUGACGAAUUCAUCCAUGCUGAAAAUGUCAGAAGGGACGUCUCGAACAGCGUUGUAAAUCACCUCAGGCGAUGCCGAAUCUUGAGAGUCGUCUCGAAAAAUGCCAUGCAAAACAGCUGCACUUAUCUUCAGCAGAGAAAGCUGCAUCGUUGUCGAGAAACAUUUCAGAUGGGAGACUAGUUACCUUCCUUAAUGUUAACAAACGACCAGAAUCCCUUGGGGUUCCGACGUAAAUUCAGUUGUAUUCGAUUUACGUAACGUCUAUAGAGAAACUUGUUAUAACUGCGAUAAUCGUUACUAGCGAGCGAAAAAAAUCGCUUCGAUAAAGGACAUCGUCGAUUAGUAACAGCACGAAGUGCUUUACUACGCAAGCGUUUUAGUCUGCGUAAAGUUCCAUUAGACCAAGGUAGUUUCUUGGCAGGUUGAUAUUUUGGGACUGAAGCUGCAACACAUUCCAGAAGUAAACAGUUGUAGUGAGUUACAGCAUCGUCGUCAUUUGCAAAAUGUUGCAACUCAUUCCAGUUGAUUCGCAUUAGAGAGCGUGGAAGAGCGGAAUAAUCUGUCUUGCGAAAAUUGAAUUUAUCAACGUAACGUAACGAAGACAUGGGCGGAACUUCAGCAAAACUUCCAAAGCAGGAUGGUGAUUGUCAAGGGGUACCAAAAUUUCGGGCGCCUCCACAACAGAACAUUCCCGUACUGCACUUUCACUGACACGUUUCUGUUCAGAUUAAUUUAACAACGCUAAUAAUAAUGUUUGCAUUUCAGCACUAUAGCUGUCAAAUGUCAGCAUAUGUUAAAAGAUAAUCAAGUACUACCAGUCAUCAUAUUCGGUUUCUUUAGCGCGACGGGGUAAUCUUCUGUAUUUCGAGAUGCUUAAAAAAAGAAGCUGGAAUGUCGUUGCUCCACUUCAAAG